GUUGGUCGACGGAGUUGGUCUAAAAAUCUAGCAACACGGGUCUUGUUCCGCCAUUACCGCUGUCGCGCACGCGGAAGAGUGUGUUGUAGUCGCUGCUGGUAAUAUUUCUUGCUAUUAUUGAACAGCGAUGGCCGCUGUGCUCACACUAAACCCAAAGGCUGAGGUUGCCCGUCACGCACAGGCUCUCGCAGUCAACAUCAACGCAGCACGAGGCCUGCAGAAUGUCCUGCGUACGAACCUGGGGCCGACGGGGACCAUGAAAAUGCUCGUAUCGGGUGCUGGAGAAAUCAAGAUCACCAAGGAUGGCAACGUUCUGCUGCAUGAAAUGCAAAUCCAGCUGCCGACGGCCAACCUGAUUGCCCGGGCGUCCACGGCCCAGAACGACAUCACGGGAGACGGCACCACCUCAACCGUGCUCAUCAUCGGCGAGCUCCUCAAGCAGGCCGACCUCUACGUCUCCGAGGGCCUGCACCCGCGCAUCCUGGCAGAAGGCUUUGAGCUGGCUCAGGCCAAGGCCCUGGAGGUGCUGGAGUCCCUCAAGGUGGCUGCCCCCUCCACGCCUGACCGGGACCUCCUGGUCAGGGUGGCCCACACGGCCCUGGCCACCAAAGUCAACCCGGAGCUGGCACAGCACCUCACUGAGGUGUGCGUGGACGCGGUGCUGGCCAUCCGUCGCCCGGAGCAGCAGCUGAACCUGCACAUGGUGGAGAUAAUGGAGAUGCAGCACAAGACGGACAUGGACACCCAGCUGGUGAGGGGCCUGGUGCUGGACCACGGGGCUCGCCACCCGGACAUGAAGAAGCUGGUCAAGAAUGCCUUCGUGCUCGCCUGCAACGUGUCCCUGGAGUAUGAGAAGACGGAAGUGAACGCCGGGUUUUUCUACAAGUCUGCGGAGGAGCGGGAAAAGCUGGUGUCGGCGGAGCGCCAGUUCAUCGAGAACCGGGUGAAGAAGAUAAUUGAGCUCAAGCGCAAGGUCUGCGACACGCCCGACAAGAACUUUGUCGUCAUCAAUCAGCAGGGCAUCGACCCCCAGUCGCUGGACCUUCUGGCCAAGGAAGGCAUCGUGGCUUUACGCCGGGCGAAGAGGAGGAACAUGGAGAGGCUGUCGCUGGCCUGCGGAUGCACGGCGACAAACUCCCUGGAAGAUCUGAGCGCCGAGGUGCUGGGCCACGCGGGCCUGGUGUACGAGCAUGUGCUCGGGGAGAACAAAUACACCUUUGUAGAGGAGCUGAAGGACCCCCGGUCGGUGACGGUGCUCAUCAAGGCCCCCAACAAGCACACCCUGACCCAGAUCAACGACGCCGUGCACGACGGGCUGCGCGCCGUCAAGAAUGCCAUUGAGGAUGGCUGCGUGAUCCCCGGGGCGGGUGCCUUCGAGCUGGCGGCCCACGCUGCACUGGUGUCCAUGCGCCCGAACGUGAAGGGCAAGGCCCAGCUCGGGGUGCAGGCGUACGCGGACGCCCUGCUGGUCAUCGUCAAGACCCUGGCCACCAACAGCGGGCUGGACCCCCAGGAUGUGCUGGUCAAGCUGCAGCAGGAGCAGCGGCUGGCCAAGCAGCCCAUUGGCCUCAACCUCGCCACAGGCGAAGCUCUUAUUCCAGCAAACGAAGGCAUUUUCGACAACUAUUGUGUCAAGAGGCAACUUCUCAAUUCCUGCACGGUGAUAGCGAGCAACCUUCUUCUGGUGGAUGAAAUCAUGUUUGCUGGCGUGUCCAAGGGGGGAAAAUAGAGUGCAAUGCCUUUCUCAUGCCCUCAUCAUUUGCUUCAGCUGGCUGAGAAUAAAUUAUUGUUUGUAUUUCA